AUGGCCUCUGACGUUAUUUUUGCGCAACACGAAUGUCGACGAAUGGUUAGAGGCACCGCCGAUGCGGAUCGAAUCGUACAUGGUUCCAUCUCCGAUACAGACUUGGUACGGUCAUUGAGCCGGGACCAUGAUACCGUUGUCAAUGCCAUUUCUUCCUUUGAGGGUGGCUUCAUCAACAGCGUGAUCUCAGGAAUGGAAGAAAGACCUGAGCACGCCAAGGGCACUUUGAUCCAUAUAUCUGGAACGGGGAAUUUUAUUGAUAAUGGCAAGAGCGGCAACUUCAAUCCUGACAGCAAAGUGUGGAAUGGUGCUCGAAGCAGGAGGACGUCGAAAGAUCAUCACCUGCGUUGUCUGUUUUGCAAUCACCUACGGCUCCAACAUCGGGCCCGCGCAAACCUGGGGGUUGCGUACAACAUCUUUACUUCCAAUGCCAAAUUCGCCCCGUAUGUCGGCGAUGGUUCGGCCAUCGUUAGCACCGUCCAUGUCGAAAAUGCCGUUCCAUUCCAAACAAAGAUAGUAGGGAUCGCUGGAACGGAGAAACCCACGGGCAGCGCCUACUUCAGGUACUAUAUUCUUCAUGGUGAGUGGGUCUCCUGGAAAGAAUUGAGCUCUGUAUUGGCAAAGGUUCUGCAUACCAAGGGCGUCGUGCCCUCACCAGAGCCGAAAAGCGUGCCAGCGGCUGAGGCUAGUGAGGCAGGGAAGGAGAGAUUGGGUCGUUGA